GUGACAAAGUCCGACCCACCCGACCCGGCCCUAUUUAAACCCGCUGUCUCGCACGUUGCCUCCUCGUCUUCCUCCGAAAAAGGGAAAAGAAAAUGGCGGUAACGCAGCAGAAACCCACGAACCUCGACGACAACGAAGAAGAGGAAGAAGCGGGAGCAGUUGCCGUCUCGACCCAUUCGCCUCUCCAUGGCGACGUCCUCGACCUCACGCUCUCGCACGUGCCCCUCGUCGACCUCGUCCACGCCGCGCGCGUGUCCAGGUCCUGGAGCCUCGCCGUCUCCUCCUCCCUCCGCCACUUCCGCAAGCCCAAGCCGUGGCUCCUGGUCCAUUACCAGAGCACGCGGUCGCCGCACGUGGUCUCCACGCGCGCCUACGACCCCCGCUCGCUCGUCUGGAUGGACAUGGAGGUGGGGCCCGGCCGGCGCCAGCCGCCGGCGAAGCUGGCGUCGGCCCUCCGGUCGUCGCACUCGACGCUGCUCUAUGGGGUCUCCCCGGCAAGGCUCUCCUUCUCGUCCGACCCGCUCCACCUGACGUGGCGCCAUGCGAGCCCCCCCUCCGCGUGGCGGGUCGACCCGGUGGUCGCCCUCGUCGGCAGCCGCCUCGUCGUCGCUGGUGGCGCCUGCGACUUCGAGGACGACCCCCUCUCCGUCGAGGUCUACGACUUGCAGGCCCACACGUGGAGCGUGUGCGCCUCCAUGCCUGCCCCGCUCAAGGACACCUCAGCGUCCGUGUGGCUCUCGGUCGCCACCGACCGGCGGAGGAUGUACGUCAUGGAGAAGCUGACUGGCGCGACACACGCAUUUGAUCCGGAGGUUGGGGCGUGGCUCGGGCCAUACGACCUGCGCCCAGACCACGGUGUUUUCUACUCCGUGAUCGGAUUCGCCGGCGACCGCCUUGUCGUGGUGGGGCUCCUGGGCAAUUCAGAGGACGUGAAGGGCGUGAAAUUGUGGGGAUCGAUCGCCGUCGGGGCGGACGAGCUCGAGGAGAUCUGCGAGAUGCCGGAGGAGCUGGUGAAGGAAUUGAAGGACGACAGUUGCCGCGUCUCUUCUAUCAGCAUGUGCUCGAGGGGCGAUUUUGUGUUUGUGUGCAGCAACUCGAAGCCCGAGAUUGUGUUUUGGUGCGAAAGGGAAGACGCAUCGGGGGUGUGGAGGUGGGGGACCGCGCGUGACCCGGCGGCUAGAGGCCGGAGUCUGGGUCAGAGGGUGGCAUACACCUGCGCCGAAGUCGGGAUCGGGGAGUUGCGGGAGGCGGCGGCAACCGGGAACGGGAGGUUCGUGGUGAUGGAGGGGCGGUGAUCGGCGAGGGCCAAAGUGGAACUCCGGGGAAGCCUAUUUUGUUUUGCGUAAAUCAUGCACAAAAUACGAUUGUAUGAAAAUUCUUUCUUUUUUAACUACUUCUUCCGUAACAGUUAAUAAUAUUACAUGCUAUAAAAUUCCAAUAUAUAUUU